UCUGUUCCACUGUUUGAAUGAACUUAAUGAUUGUUCUCUAGUGGAGGAGAUCCAACAGUCCCUGAGAUCGGGACAUCUCUCUGCAGAUAAAUUGUCUCCUGCUCAGUGGUCAGCUCUGGUCUUCAUCUUAUUGUCAUCAGAAAAAGAUAUGAAUGUGUUUGACCUGAAGAAAUACUCUGCUUCAGAGGAGGCUCUUCUGAGGCUGCUGCCCGUGGUCAAAGCCUCCAACAAAGCUCUACUGAGUGGCUGUGACCUCUCAGAGAGAAGCUGUGAUGCUCUGUCCUCACUUCUCAGUUCCCCGCCCGUUAGUCUGAGAGAGCUGGACCUGAGUAACAACAACUUGCAGGAUUCAGGAGUGAAGCUUUUGUCUGUUGGCCUCAAGAGUCCAUACUGGAAACUGGAAACUCUCAGUCUUUCAGGCUGUCUGAUCACAGAGGAAGGCUGUGCUUCUAUAGCUUCAGCUCUGAGCUCCAACCCCUCAAAUCUGAGAGAGCUGGACCUGAGCUACAAUCAUCCUGGAGACUCAGGAAUGAAGCUGCUAAAGGAUCUACACUUGAGACUGGACACUCUCAGGUAUGGAAAGAAUAUCUGAAAGAGGAGAAAGAGCUGGAAACAUUUUCUGUGUCCUUCACUCAGCUCUUGUUUGUUUCAUGUAGAUGUGACAUGGACAAUAACACACUGAGAACAAUCUUUCCUUUGCUUACAACAAAAACACCAGUCUAACUGAACAAUAACAAGAGGUAUUUAUGUAGGUGGGCACCAUUUAUUCAUCAUUUUGAUCUCUGUAGGUUUAACUAUUAACUCAUUUUCAGUAUUUCUGUAUUCUUUGUAUAGAAACAGGUUUAGGGCCUGUUUAUCCUAGCAGAAAGACUGUACGCAGGGGAAACCAUCAGCCUGGCUUGAUCAAAAAUAAAUCAUUAGUCAAGGUUUAUAAUCAAAACUGUGGUAGAACCUGACAACCACCAGGCAUUUUUUCUGUACAUUUUAGAGCAUGCAAGCUUGCAGAAUUUAAAAAAAAAAAGUUCUUAUUCAUAGCACUUUUUAUGAACAAAAAGGCUGUCGUGGUCCUGAGCCUGUUGACUCAGUGUUUUGUGUUUCUUUAUGCUUUUGUUAUUCUGAUUAGGUAUUUCAUUAUUAUUCACCAUUUUGUUAGGUUUCUGUUCUGUGCCUGUCCUGGUCCCUCCUUCCAUGUCCCCCCUGUCUGUCCAUGAUGUCAUUAUGCCUGCUUAUGAGUCUGCGUCUGUGUCUCUGUCUGUCGUGUGCUUCCUGUUUUAUUUUGUAGGUCUGUGUCCGAUGUCAGUGCGUUCAGCUUUGUGCUCUCCCUGUCUCGUCAGUGUAAUCAGCGUCAGCCGUGUCUCCCAGCUGUUUCCUCUUCGCUCCGUUCACCUCUUGUAUUUAGUGUCUGUGUCUUCCCCUACUCGGUGUCGCGUCGUUAACGUCUGUUCACCCUCUUACCUCCCUGUGUGUUCUGUUUGCCUGCAUGCCAGUUUAGUUAUUUUCCAGUAUAGUUAGUUUUCUGUUCAGUCUCCCCUGCAAUAAAGCUGGUUAUUCCGAAUUCACUUUCGCUUCCGCGAGUCCUGCAUUUUGGGUCCUCCCUCUCUGCCUGCCUGCACACAGCCGAAUCAUGACAAAGGCAGUGUUUUUCUAAAUUAGUGCACAACAUAGAAUAAUGUUAUUUAAAGCAACACAAAAAUAAAAAGUUAAAUUAAAUUAAAUGAACACCGGAACUGAACAAAACAGGAAUUUAAAAUAGGCACAGAAGCCAUUUUAAGCUAGAUAUCAUGAUCAACAGCAAUCAUCAACACUUCAAAUCACUAUUUCAAAGCAGUGCAUCAAAGUAAGUAAUUUUAUUUUCACUUAAAUAUUUGAACUACAGUUAUAACCAAAUUAAAGCAGUAAUAUAAUACAUUUUUUAAUUUUGCUUAACAGAUGCCAAAGAAAUCAGUGGUGAACAAAACUGCAGUGUUUGAAGUCCUUUGUGCUUCAAAAGAAGCAGUAAAAAAAAAAAAAAAAAUUGAAACAUUUCAACUCCAAGUGAUGGAAUAUGGCAAAAUCUGUGCAAAGAACUUGGUGAAAAGAUGACGCCAAUAGCACUUUACAAUUUUGUUAAAUUAAACAGACACAGUGUAUGGGCUGCUCUGGAUUACAGUAAUGAAAGGAGACUGACAUAGACAGCAGUGACAAUGACAAUGCUUUUGAGCCAAGUAGCUCUCCUUUUCAAAACAAAGACUGCAAGACUUUCAAUGUGGAGCUCCCAUUUGAACAGUGGAUACAUAGGAUUCCAGAUGAAGUCACAUACAAAAAGAAUACUUUAAAAAAAUAAAAGGAAAUACACCAUUUUGAAGCCAGGUACAUGGACUCAUGUAGUAAGCCAGGGAAUCUGGAAAGAGAUUAAAAGUACAUGCACCAUUACCUUUAAACGAGCCAAUGUGUACCCCACAACUGUAUCUUGUUUCAUAAAAGUCAGACGGAACCUGAAAUUCACUGCCCAAUGGUGCUGAAGUGUGUAAUGGCAAACACAGAUGCACACUGCACACUGGCUUUUCUAAGAGAGCCAUGUCCAGAAGUCUGUGGGCACAAGUAACAAAAGAACUUUGUGAAGGAAGACUGCAGCCCCAUGUGUGGAGAGCAUCAGAGGCAGCAAAGCUUAUGGACACUGGUGAUCCAGAUCCAAGCCAUCUACAUAAGGCCAAACACAAAAAAAAUCAACUAGAAGUGGCUCAUAAAAAUCCAAUACUGUCACUCCACUCAUUAAAAUACAGUUCUUCUCACAGUGGAAGCAUUGGAGACAUUAGAUUAGACAAGUUCUUCUGUCACUACUGGAGUCAAACUCAAAUGCUAAUGUACAAGAUGGUGAAGCACCCCAUAGCUGCCUGUGAUGCAGCUGGCUGAGUUGUAAAAAAGCUUCUCAGGCCUAAUGGUUUGUCUGGAAAUAUCUUCCUAUAUCAAGGUGUUUUAACAGGAAGCUACAACUCUCACGUCCCAGUGGUGCAAAUGUUGUCAAAGAGACAUGAUGUCCACGCAAUCACAAGAUGGUUAUCAGAAUGGAUUCGUGCUGGAGCACCAAUCCCAAAAGAGGCCAUUUGUGAUUUCUCUUUAGCUUUACUUGGUGCUUUAGUGAAGGCUUUAACACAUCGUUCAGAUUUGAAGAGCUACAUUAAUGAAUGCGCUGGUGUCUUGCUUCAGAAAAAAUCCUACAAACUACCACCAUGUUUCAUCAGAGUGGAUGUGGCACACUUCAUCAAAAUGAUUUGCCAGUGGGACUGUUUGAGAAAAAAAGCCUGAUCAGGUAAAAGACUUGCGAUCAAUGGCACAACUUGUCAAGUCCCAAUCCUUGGAGGAAGAGAAGGUCCUAACAUGCAGCAUUGCUAUUGUGGUAUUAAGUGAGACAGAAGGCAACAACAGUUUUGAAAGCCCCAUUAUGUCAGAAGUGUCCUAAUCAAAUCUCAAGAGAAAAAUUGCAGAUGAGACUAUGUUUGUUUCUAAUGAUGAGGAAGAAGAAGACAUUAGAUUGGAUCCAUGCACAGAAAUGAACACUGACUUAAGGCGGUGGGUGGCAGAUAGGCAGUAAGGAGAGCAGGUGCCAUGCUGAAGUUAAUGGUGAUCGAGACAAUAUGCACUAUCUACCUGAGCUCGUCCCACACCUAAUAAGUUUGGGCGGAUACCCACCACUCUGGACUAGAAUAAUGGUUCCCCUAUUUCAGAGCAAACGCACUGCAACUUCAGCUAAUGUUGAACAGAGUUCAAGAACAUUAAACAUCGUCUGUUCAAGCAUGAAAAUCUCCCUUUUAGGAUAGAUAAAUUCAUUGCACGUCAUCUUGGUUUCAUUGAAGGCAACAUGCGGAUUUGUUCUGCAAAACAAAUACGAAAAGAAACAGAAGUUGCUGGACAGGAUGGUAAAGUAAAGCUUCAGAAUCCACACCAGGCCUCCACAAACUGGAGAGGUCUUGCAGUCCCACCAAAGAAGAGGAAAUUGACUUCAUACUUCUCCCCUGGUCCUGAAUGGCUCCACUCAGAUCCAGCUGUAAAAAAACAAAAAACAAAAGUAAAGCUAGGGCUGUUAAAAAUGGAAAUAAUCAACAGCCAGUCAAGCUUGGCAAAGGACAACACUGUGUCAUUAACACCUGUGCCUUUGAUGCUUUCUGUCAAAGUCUGUGCUCUGCUUUCUGUGACUCUCUGCUCAAAACAUGUUGAAUAGUUCAGAGGAGAGUAAAGUAUUCCAGCUUGUGAAAUCCCUUGCUUCAAGGGGUGUCAUUCAACAUACCUAUUCUUUGAAAGCAGAGUUUCUGAGUUAAGUAUUCUCCCUGUUCAGUUGAAGACUGGUGUGCAUCAUGUUGAUGCACAGUGCCAUGUGUCCACAGUAAUUCAGAAAACAAUGACAGAUAAUCAAAGUGUUAACUUCACUCACAUUGAACAGUCUAUUUUGCAUACUGUGUUUAUACACAGGUCAGGCAUAACAUUAUGACCAUUAACAGCUAAAGUGAAUAACACUAACCUGUUAGUUGGUGGGAUACAUUAGGGAGCAAGUGAAUACCUUGUCCUCAACACUGAGUUAGAAGCAGGAAAAAUGGGCAAAUUUAAAGAUUUGAGUGAGUUUGACAACGGCCAAAUUGUGAUGGCUGGACGACUGGAUCAGAGCAUUUUCAAACUUGCAGCUCUUAUUAUGUGUUCCCAGUCUGCAGUGGUCAGUAUCUAUAAAAAGUGGUCCAGGGAACAGUGGUAAAUCACUGACAGGGUCAUGAGUGACCAAGGCUCACUGAUGCACAUGUGGAGCAAAGGCUGGGCCCUGUGGUCCCAUGAAUUUCAACUUAAUAUUAAUGAAUUAUGAAUUAAUUACAUCAUUACAAAGAAACCUUCCAUUUCCACAGAUUAAUUUCACUUCAGAUGAACGUUACACUAACUCACUGAGUUAUUUAAUCUAGAAAUGACAAUCAGGCUGACCUGAUAAUAAGCAACUCCACGCAUUGAUUCCCA